GGGAUACUUUCUAUUCAAUCAUGGAGCAGGAGGGCGGGGCUUUGUUACAAUGCGGAAGUGAAUCAACAACACGCUUUCUAAAGGGAAAUCUAAGGCAUAUCCAUAUGUACAGUGUUAAUCUGAGAUUAAAUUUAGGUUUAUACGAUUUAGACCCCUGGGAAGCUGGAUUCUCUGUUUUAAAUUAAAAAAAAAUUUGUUAUAAAAAUGUCGUCUGGCACGUGCAGCUGUUCCGAACAUGUGCAGUGGCUCAAACAGCAAGUUUCAGUCAUGAGGAAAGAGCUGAAGAACCUCAGGCAGUAUCUGGAGAGCUCGGUUCGAGCCCACAGGAAACACAUGGCAUCUCUGCACUCUACACUGAAGGAUGUUUUCGAUAACAAGCAGAUGAUGAAGAAGAGUCAGUCCUUCUCCUCUUCAUCAUCAUCAUCAUCAUCAUCAUCAUACCUCGCUCAGAGUGCAGAGGGGAUGGAGCUGUCUUUAGAGAGAGGACAUAUUCGCACCGCUCCAAUUGGAUUCAUCGCUUCCUGUUUCGAUCAGAAGAACGGCACGCCCAGACAGCCGGCCGUCUGCAGCUCGUCUCGAGCUCGUCUCAAAAUUCAGUCCAAUGUGUUCAACAACCCUGAGCAUGCUCUCACUGGCCUGCACCACUACUCCCAUGUCUGGCUCAUCUUUCUCUUCCAUAAGAACGGACACAUGAGCUAUAAAGCUAAAGUGAAGCCUCCUCGACUGAACGGAGAGAAAGUGGGAGUUUAUUCCACACGCAGCCCUCACCGACCCAACGCCAUUGGCCUCACCCUUGCCAAGCUGGACGCUGUCACAGGUGAUGUCCUGCACCUGUCAGGUGUGGAUCUGAUCUCCGGCACUCCCGUGCUCGACAUUAAACCCUAUAUCCCCGAUUACGACUCUCCCGUCACACACACCAUGCUGCCUGUAGAGCCCCAGUGCCAACAGAACGUGCACUCAGACACAACUGAUAGCUGGGAGGAAGCAGAACCCAUAGAACCGGAGGGUUUGGAGAACUCAUGCGCCACUUCCUCUCACCCGGAAGCUGAUGAGAGGCAGGCUGAGGUUGUGGAGUUUUCAGCAGGAUCUGAUGUUAGCGGUGUGCUUGAGGAGGUGAGGGAGUUUCUCCAACAGGGGGCACUGUGCUCACAGAGCAGGGCUGAAGAUAAACACACUGACACACCAGCAAGAGCUGAAGAGGAGGUGUGUGUGUCGAAGAGCAGUGUCGCAUCCUGGAUCAGACACCCUCCUGUAGACACUCUGAGUGUGAGGUUCACUCCUACUGCAGAAAGGGAACUCGCCGAAUUCCUGCCCCCUCACUGCUCAGACUUAGAGAGGCCGAAGUUCCAGUUCCUGAACGGUCCAGAGGAAGCAGCUGCCACCAUCCAGGGAGUUUUAGCAGCUGAUCCGAGAUCAGUUUACCGGAGAAAGUGCUGCAGCGAUCGCCUUUUCUUCUUCACUCUGGACACGGCUCAUGUCACCUGCUGGUUCGGGGACGAAUUCGCUGAAGUUCUGCGUGUGCAGCCCGUGACGAGAACAGAUACACAGGCUCAGGCUCAGAGUGCGCCUACCUCUGUCGCCUCGUCUCUCUCUCAGAUAUAAACUGUCUGUAAUAAAGAAAUACUCUGAAUCAUCAUUAUAACAACUUGUGAGUGUGUGCGCGCGUGUUACUCUAAUACUUUUAACAAUGUAAAAGCGCUAUGUAAAUUAACCUGAAUUAAAAUCGAACUUGCGGCACGGUGGUGUAGUGGUUAGCACUGUUGCCUUGCACCUUCAGGGUCCGGGUUCGAUUCUCGGCCAGGCUCGAUUCCCGUCUCUGUGUGCAUGGACUUUGCAUGUUCCUCUGGGUACUCCAGUUUCCUCCCACAGUCCAAAGACAUGCGGAUUUGGAUAAUUGGUUUUCCCAAUUAUGUUUCCAAAGCGGUAUAGACGAUGAAUGUUAGGGUGAAUUGAAUU